GGUAAAUAUGGGAUAGUUUGGGCCACAUGGAUCCAGCAGGCCAGUACAAAAAAUUAGGCGUGGGCAGUUGGAGCCCAAUUAUAACUUCGGCGUCCUUAUGUACGCCAACUUGGCUACUCUACGCCACCGAUCGAACCAGAGAAUUAAUUAACAAAAUGGAACAUUUUACCCCUCUCUCUCUCUGUCUCUGUCUGCUACUCUUCGCUACCUUCGUCCUCUGCAUUUUUCGCCUGCUAAAAUGGAGUAUCAUCCCGUUCCCCUCAAAGUCCAGUCGGUUACCACCCUCACCAACAUCCUUUCCCAUUGUCGGUCACAUUCACCACCUCAAAGACAUGCCCCACAUCUCCUUCACCCGACUCGCCCACCAACUCGGCCCCAUAAUCUACCUCCGACUCGGCCGAGUCCCAACCGUCAUCAUCUCCUCCGCUCGCCUCGCUCGUCUCGUCCUCAAAACCCACGACCAAGUCUUCGCAAGCCGACCCCAGCUGAUCGCAGCUCAGUACCUCUCCUUCGGCUGUUCCGACAUCACCUUCUCGCCUUACGGUCCUUACUGGCGCCAAGCACGCAAAAUCUGCGUCACCGAGUUGCUGAGUUCGAAACGGGUCAACGCAUUCCAACUCGUAAGGGACGAGGAGGUGAACAGGAUGCUGAAUUCUGUCCGAGAUGGGGCCGGGUCGAAGCUGGACAUGAGCAAGGCGUUCUUCACCUUGGCAAACGAUACACUGUGCCGCGUGGCGUUCGGGAAGAGGUUCGGGAAUAACUCUGAUCUGGUGGAGGUGUUAGCUGAAACUCAGGCUUUGCUUGCAGGGUUUUGCAUAGGUGAUUUUUUCCCCGAGUGGAAGUGGGUCAACUGGGUGAGUGGGUUUAAGAAAAGGUUGGAAAACAACUUGGAGGAUUUGAGAAAAGUAUGCAAUGGAAUAAUAAAUGAGCAUGUUGCCCCUAAAAAUGGAUCAGAAACAUUAAUGACGGGUGGUAGGGAAGAUUUGGUGGAUGUUCUGCUUCGGGUGCAACAGCGAGAUGAUUUGGAGGUACCCAUUACAGGCGACAAUCUCAAAGCUCUGGUGCUGGACAUGUUUGUAGCAGGAACAGAUACAACAUCGGCCACUCUAGAGUGGACAUUGACAGAGUUAGUGAGACAUCCAAAAGUGUUGGAAAAAGCACAAGAAGAAGUUAGAAAUUUAGCAUUUGAAACCGGGAAAGUAAACGAGACUCAUCUUCAACACCUUCAUUACAUGAAAGCUGUAGUGAAGGAGACAAUGAGAUUGCACCCACCGGUACCUCUACUGGUUCCUCGAGAAUCCAUGGACAAAUGCAUUCUCGAUGGCUACGAAAUACCUGCGAAAACUCGGGUUCUGAUCAACGCCUACGCCAUCGGAAGGGAUCCGAAGUCAUGGGAAGAUCCUCUUGUUUAUAAUCCCGAGAGGUUUAUUGAUCAGGAUGAGGGUAGUGUUGUGGAUGGUCAUGUCAAGGAUCAAGAUUUCAAGUUUUUGCCAUUUGGAGGAGGAAGAAGAGGUUGCCCUGGUUAUGGCUUUGGAUUAGCAACGGUUGAGAUUGCACUGGCUCGGCUCUUGUAUCAUUUUGAUUGGGAUUUGCCUCCGGAAGUUGGGCCUCAAGAUGUUGACCUUGAUGAGAUUUUUGGGCUUGCCACCAGAAAGAAGUCUGCGCUUGUUCUUGUCCCAACGGCAAAUAAGGAUUACGUUUUAGCUUUAGAUUAAAAUCCAUCCCGAGCUAUAUCUUGCCAUAUACAAUGCACUUUUGUAGUACUCGUGAAAGAAACUGCACGCUUAUCAUACGAUGUUGUGUAUCUCCUUCUCAUCCUGUAAUCAAAACCAGCUGUUUGAGAACAUAGUCAAUUGAAAAUUAAUGUUGGUCUAUAUAUCGAUCAGAUCACUGGGCUAGUUUUUAGUAUUUAUUGGUUGUAGAACUUUAUCAAUUUAAUCUAUUGAUCAAGGGAAAAAACUGUUGUAUUUUGGGCCAAAAAUUUGAAUGAUUUGUAAAUGGGCUUUUGGGCCUUUAUUUUUGGUUUGUCU